AUGUCGCGUGUCGUUUCUCAGGUCGUGCGCCAUCAACCCGCCGGCUGCAGUGCUGCUGUCCCUCUCCAUCCUGCACCCGUCAUGGUCAUCAACCCCAUAACGAUCAUUCUGGAUUCCAGAGUCUCUCCAGUUGUCAUUUCCAGAAUGCCCAAGCCUCACUGGGUCAUCAUCACUCUUGUCCACAGCAGCAGAGCCAUAAUAGUCAUAGGCAUUGACAACAGUGUGACAAUGAGGUCCACUGGGGAGCAGUUUGUGGAGGUGGACCUAGAUGUCACUGUUCCAAGCAAAGCAGAGUUGUUUCUCCUGAAUGCAGCCAAGAGAAAACACUCUUCAUCAUUCACCAAAGAUGCCUGGAGCUCAAGUUCUUCAUCAGCAGGAAUGAAAUGUCAUGUGGCUCCAUCCAAAAAUUCAUUAGAUGGAUCUUCAGGGCUCUGGAGCAAACUCAUGCUGUCUUUGCAGCAGCAGGCUCCUGUGCUGCUAACUAAAACUAAUGAGGACAUCUCCAGAAAUCCUGAUGUUAUGCUGCCAGAUGAGACAUUGGACCUAGCAGCUGGUCUGAACUUCAUAGGUAUCCCUAAACCUUCAACAGCACUUGAUGAAUCCUCAAUUCAUUCACCCCAGAAGGAAACCAAGAAAGCUGUCAUCAGGGAAGCCUCACCUUAUGCAUGUCACUCUGGGAAAAGAGUCAGAGGAAAAGCAAGGCUCAGACUGGGCUUUUCCAAUGUUCCAAUAAGUAGACAUGGUGACACUCAAGACACCUCUGAGGGACAUAAGAAUGAGGAAAGCAGUUCUGCUGUGAAAAUGAGUCUUGUCAACAGCAGUUUCUCAUCCUCAGUAUCUUGCAGCAAUGAAAAAUCCACAGCUCCAGCAUCAGAAGCAAUCAAGCAGAAUAAGUCAUCAGUUCAUAUUUUAGCAAGUGUCCAGGAUGCUGAUGAUGAUGCAGAAAAUGAUAUUCAGGAGAAGAAUGAUACUGAGACUCUGGCAACUCUUGAAAAUGAAGAGGAGGGAGGAAUCAAAAUGGAUGAAUCCAUGGUUACUGAACUGGAUUCCUCCUCUUCUUCUUCAUUGCACAGCAAUGGAAUAAAGAAAAGUGCAGGACUGUUUUUGCUACCAGCUGCAGAUGAAAGCAAAAGUUUAGAAUCCAUAUCUUCCUCUGGGACCACUACAUCAUUUUCUGCUGAAAAUAUCUCAAACAUGUCUGCCAUCAGUGAGGGGCACCUCCUUCAUCAAGAUGGAAAAAACUCUUGUAAAACUGUGGCAAGGUGCUCAGAAACAUCAAAGACUCCUUCUGGAAAUCUAACUGGUGCAGCAGGAGAUUCCAAACUGCCAAGGAAGUUUGUAAUGAGUCCAAACAAAUAUUCUGCCAUUGAUGAAGAAAAAAACAUGCUGCCCAAGCUCUCCUCAGUGACAUCUAUGGACCCAGCAGCAAAGGAAAGAAUAUUUAAAACCAAACAGAAUGUUCAUCAUCCAGAUGUUGCUCCAGCUAUAACUUCUUGGAGAUAUUUCAAAAAUGACCUCAGACAGCCGAAAAUGCUUAUUCCUGCCUCACAGACCUCAAAUCUCAGCACCAGCAUUUCCAUGAAUGACCAAACAGCACAAGACACCAUCAGUACCACAGCAGAAAUAUUUCCAAAGGCCCAGCAACCAUAUGAAACAAGGAAGUUUGUCAAAGAGUCCUUCAAAAUGGCUACAGGAACUCAGACAAUAAAUACAGAACAUAAUGGAGACAGAAAGUAUUUGAUGCAAGCAACUUCUGAUCUGAGAACAGAGAUGGAUGCUCAGGUACAGAGACUACAUCAAGAACUGAAAAAGCGCCCUCUACAAUAUCCCCAGAUAAACAAUCUUGAAAAACGUUUGGACAACCUAUGUUCAACAGUUCUCAACAUUGAUGCUCAAGCCAAAGCUCUGGAGAAAAGAAUCAAUGAAGUAGCUGCUCAGACUGCCACAACAAAUGCAAAAUUUGAGCAAAAUUUCAGAAAACUGCAAGAAGAUAGCCAUCAUUUUGUGAAGAAGCAAGAAACCCUUUUUAAACACGUUCAAGGUUAUGUUCAGAAACAGUAUUCUCAUCAAGAGGAACACUUUUCAGACCUGCUUGAGCAAUAUGUUCAGGACCAGCUUAAGCAGGAGAGACAGAAGGAAUAUUCAAAAAAGACCAGAGGGAACAGAAGAAAGAAUGUGGAGCACCAGCACCAGGUGGCUCUGGUGUCUCAGCUUCAACACACUGUAGCAGUUCUCAGCAAUCUCCUCCAGUCCACCAGCAAACACCUCAACAAAAGACUGUCUACUUUGGAGCUCAUGUGUCUCAGCAAUAACUGCCCCAAGAUAAUGACUCAUCCACAGGAAAUGGAAGAUGACUCCUGCUUUUACAGGCUGAAACCAAGAAGGAUCAGUGACACAGCCCUUGUGGCAAGCAGAAAUACCAGCUGCAUCAUGAUGAGGAAUACACCCCCAACAGUCCUUCAAUCAAUCAUGCCUUGGAUGAAGACUGAUGCUGUUCAAAAAAAUGAGAGAGUCAAAAAGGCUGAAGUUACUCAGGAAGAGCACUGGAUUGAGCAGCAGUUGUGCCAGGUGCUCAUGUUAAACCAGCACAGUGGUAACACUGCUCAAAAAGUAUCUGUGCUUUCUCACAGAGCUUCACAGAAAAUGAAAAGGAGAACCCAUCAAUAUUGAGGACAUCACUGCAGUUGUAUAUAUACUUGGCCUUACAUCAGAUCAGUCAAUUUCUCUCAUUUCUCAAUUUCUGGUUGGAAAUGAAAAUGCAAUAAGAGGGUAUAUAUUUA